GCGCAGACAGUUCAGUUUGGACGCAGCCGCGGUUCGGUACGGUACUGCGCCCUUAAUACCGCGGUAAUCGCAUUUGCGUGCGCGUGUUUUUGUUCAGGACGAGUUCAGGAGUAGUUUGUAUCGUUUUGGUCAGCUGUUUAGAAAGGACUUUGGGUCUUUGUCUCCGUUUGGAGAUUUUUGUGAGUUACUAGAAGUGAUUCUAGAUAUUCGAGAGAUCCUCAAGAACAUAAGGAGAGUUGUUGUCAAGCGAUUGGCGUACGUAAACUCUGCGGGGGCGUAGUCGUCUUCAGCUCUCUACACAAGUUCUUGCGUUCAACGCGGCUUAGAAUCGGUCGACCAGCCUGAAACAGGAAUAAACGAAGAAGCAACACAAAAAAGUGAUGUGAAAAUUAGAAAAUCGAUGGAAUUUUGUUUAAUCCUCGUCGAUUUUGAGUGAAAUGUACGUUGUUUAUAAAUAUUUUGAACCGCCGUGCCAGCUCAAUCUCUCUCAGCUGGAAAAGUCGGUUUAAGUAGGAGGAAAAGAAGGAAAAAGAUUCAAGAAAAGUGUGUUUAUAUCUGCGCGAGGAGAUACUGUGGAUUGGUGUGAAGAAUCGCUCGAACAGCAGCGGCCACUUCUAAGGAAUCGUUGGGCAAGGAAAAAUAAGGGGGAGGAGGAUCGACCAGUAAUUUAUUAACAAUCCGUCCAGCAAAACCAGAAUCAACCGCUCUUAAGGGGUUUCAAUACUCACCUAGAAUCAUCAAAAUGUCCCGGUCGAAGAAUUAAAAUUCGAAGGAGUAAAGUCCAAAUCAACUGUGAUAAUCGUUUUGCAAACAAAAACAAACCAAAAUACUCAGUGUGAAAAAUUCUCGAUUCGUUAAAAAAAAAACUAAAAAAAACGACAAAAUGUUAAACCGGUUCCGGAUGCGCAAGGAGAAACCGUCCAAGUCGGAGAGCAUUUCGGGCACGUCGGACACAAAUGCCGCCAUCAUACAGGAUGCGGCCACCACGGAUCACCGGAAGCUCAUCCUGGACGCGGGACGAUGGGAGCGACGAUUACAAAAAGAACUUAUGUCCCUCAUCAAAGAACCGCCACCAGGAGUAACGGUGGACGAGGAAAGUGUUAGUCAAAAUUUAACUCAGUGGAUAAUAAACAUCGACGGUGUCGAAGGUACGCUGUACGAAGGCGAACAUUUCCAGCUGUUAUUCAAAUUUAACAAUAAGUACCCCUUCGACUCGCCCGAGGUGACGUUUAUAGGUUCCAAUAUUCCCGUGCAUCCGCACGUUUACUCCAACGGUCACAUCUGCCUAUCGAUCCUAACAGAUGACUGGUCCCCAGCGUUAUCCGUGCAGUCCGUGUGUCUUAGCAUAUCGUCGAUGCUGAGCAGUUGUCGGGAAAAGCGACGUCCGCCGGACAACGGAAUCUACGUGAAAACCUGCAACAAAAACCCCAAGAAAACCAAAUGGUGGUACCACGACGAUUCGGUGUAGAGCGGAGUUCCGGCGCCGAACAAAUGCACCCACACACCCAAGCUAGUAAAAAUAAAACAAACAAACAAACCCCUCGUCCCUGUUUUUGGGAGGCAAUGCAGCAGCAGUAAAAGCAAACAAGCAAAACAUCAACCAACAAGCAAGCAAAUAAGCCAGCCAGCCAGCUAAUGAUAAUAAAAUAAAGCAGCAGCAGCAGCCGAAGCAGCAAAAGAUGUACUUAUAUAUAUAGAAAUUAAUAUAUAAUGAUGAAGUACAUAUAGAUAAAAAUUCAACUAUCCUUAACAAAUUCGAUUAAACUGUAGCUCACUGUGAAAUUGCCGCGUUGCAGACCCGAUUCCGCCCGGCACAAUCCAAAACCUUUUAAUGCAAAGAUGAAAAAACCGUUAAGAACUAAUUUAGGAAAAAUUAACAUCACAGAAUAUAUCGUCCACCUAGCGAAAGCAAA